AUGGAUUAUCCUACCGUAAGAGAGAGUAUCGAGGCUUUCCUGAAGAAAGCAUAUGAUUUGGUUGAAGAUCCUUCGACGGAUAAGAUAAUCUCAUGGGCGCCGGGCGGCAAGAGGUUCGUUGUUUGGAAACCGCUAAAAUGUUCAACGGACCUUCUUUCGCAACGAGUGGGAAUCACAAACCUUUCAACCUUCCAAUCAUAUGGCUUUAGCAAGAUUUGUUCUGGACAACAGUUAGAGUUUCUAUGCAAAGAUUUUGAGAAGGGCACCCUGAGCUUUUGGAGAAGAUUAGCGAUCGGUACGUGGCCAUUCUGA